CUUGAAUGAGAUUUCGCAACAGCCAUGAGUGGGAGGAUCCUCUCCCAUCGACUCGCCCCGCUGGUGCGAACCGGCUGGGCACGCCACCUUCAUAAUGCUGGCUCCAGAACAGGCGGCCUACUUCGCGCGGAUGGUGGCGCUGCUCUGAGGGGACGGGCAUGGCCGAUAGGCUCAAAUGGCAUCCACAACGUCCCUGCUGUACGAGCCUUCUCAUUCGGACGAAUGCUCCCAAGGCUUGCUCUCAAACUUGCCCGCAUCCCCGCCAUGUUCGGCGGUGCAACGAUCGCGGGCCUGGCUUAUAUUCAAUACCAGGCAAACCAGGCCGGCAACUAUGCGAUAGAUGUGUUCAAACAGUUCGGUGAGACUGCGGGAAAUACGGCAUCGGGCCUAUUUCAAAGUAUUCAGGAUGUGGCGGAACAAACACAACGUGGAUGGGAACACACAACCGGGGAUGUUGAGCUUCCGGAAUGGCUACAAAAAAUCCUCCGGAUUGACGAGGAAUCCAAAUCUCAACAUGAUGGCGGCGGUGGAAGGGAACCCAAAGAGGGACGAGCUGCGGCAACGGGUGCCGCUGCUGCAACUGGUACAGCCUUUGGCUACGAGCAGUCGGACGAGGACGAUUCGCGGGAUGAUAAAGAAGUCGCUGAGGACGAUCAAAUGAUGGUUCUUACGCGCAAAAUGAUCGAGAUCCGGAACAUCCUCCAGACUGUUGGCCAGUCGGACUCGUUGACCCUUCCAUCCAUCGUCGUGAUUGGCUCCCAGUCUUCCGGCAAAAGCUCGGUUCUCGAAGCUAUCGUGGGACACGAGUUCUUGCCCAAGGGCUCCAACAUGGUCACCCGACGGCCGAUUGAACUGACCCUGGUCAACACCCCCAACGCCCAAGCGGAAUACGGUGAAUUCCCAGCCUUGGGCCUCGGCAAGAUCACGGACUUUUCUUCCAUUCAACGCACCCUGACCGACUUGAACCUUGCUGUCCCGGACAAAGAUUGUGUAUCAGAUGAUCCUAUUCAGCUGACAAUCUACUCUCCCCAUGUUCCGGACCUCUCCAUGAUCGAUCUGCCGGGCUAUAUCCAAGUUGCCGGCCAUGAUCAGCCCCCGGAGCUAAAGCAGAAGAUUUCUGAUCUUUGUGAUAAAUACAUCCAACCUCCUAACGUCAUUUUGGCUAUUUCAGCCGCCGAUGUGGAUCUUGCGAACUCGACAGCGCUAAGAUCUAGCCGUCGCGUGGAUCCCCGCGGAGAACGGACUAUCGGUGUGAUCACGAAGAUGGAUCUUGUCGAUCCUGAGCGGGGACACGAUAUCCUCUGCGACAAGAAGUAUCCCCUUCGGCUGGGUUAUGUGGGUGUUGUAAGCCGGAUUCCUCAAUCAACAGCUCUCUUCUCUCGAGGCUCUGGAAACAUUACCAGUGCCAUUCUGAAGAAUGAAAAAGCGUACUUCUCCGCCCAUCCCGGUGAAUUCGGACCUCACUCGGAAACGUCCGUUGGCGUCUCAACUCUUCGCAAGAAGCUCAUGCACGUCCUUGAACAGACCAUGGCUUCCAGCUUGUCCGGAACUAGGGAUGCCAUCAGCCAGGAGCUGGAAGAGGCGACCUACGAGUUCAAGGUGCAAUAUAACGAUCGGCCUCUCAGCGCCGAGUCAUACUUGGCAGAAAGCUUGGACAGCUUCAAGCAUUCUUUCAAGGAGUUUGCCGAAGGUUUCGGCCGACCACAGGUUCGCGAGAUGCUCAAGGCUGAGCUGGAUCAACGAGUUCUAGAUAUUCUUGCACAACGCUAUUGGAACAAGCCCGUCGAGGACUUGAACCCGCCAAUGCUAGAACUGGACCCCCUUAAGGACCUGCCUAAGGCUGAUCCCGAGUCCCUGUACUGGCAUCGGAAGCUUGAUGCCUCCUCUUCCAUGCUGACGAAGCUCGGCAUUGGCAGACUUGCUACCACCGUGGUUGCGAAUGCUCUUCAGAACCACGUGAACUCGCUUCUGGCGUCCUCUACGUUCGCCGCUCAUCCCGGGGCGCAGAAGCAGAUCGUCGAUGCUUGCACUGGCAUACUUAAUGACCGGUUCUUCAGCACUAGUGAUCAGGUGGAAAACUGCAUCAAGCCAUACAAGUUCGAAAUUGAGGUUGAGGACUCAGAAUGGUCAAAGGGGAGAGACAAUGUGGGCAAGGUGUUGAAGGAGGAGCUCCGAGCGUGCGAGUCAGCCAUGAAACAAGUCGAGGACGCAAUUGGGAAACGUAAGCUCAAGGAUGUGAUGUCUUUCAUCGACAAGGUCAGGAGGGGCGAUAUCGUGCUCGAGGGCAAUAGCGCCAGCGGCGCAGGUGGUUUCAGCGCCGCUCUUUUGGAACGAGGCCGGGAGGGACUUUUCCUUCGUGAUCGAGCGGAACUCAUUAAACUGCGACUCAUGGCCAUCCGAUCCAAGCAGUGCGCCACCCAAAAGAACAAGUAUUACUGCCCGGAAGUGUUCCUCGACGUGGUAGCAGACAAGCUCACCUCGACGGCGGUACUGUUCCUCAACGUCGAGCUCCUUUCCGAAUUUUACUACAACUUCCCUCGUGAGUUGGAUUCGAGACUCGGCCGACACCUCUCCGACGCUGAGGUCGAGCGUUUCGCACGCGAAGACCCCCGCGUUCGCCGCCACCUCGACAUCAUCCGCAAGAAGGAGCUCCUCGAGUUGGCCCUCCAGAAGAUCGAAGGCAUCCGGCAACUAGACGGCCGCAGCCCGCAACGCAAAGCUGAUCGUCAGCAGGCUGCCAAGGAGACCCGUGGCCGCUGGUCCAUCUUCUAA